AUGUCACAGUACAAGUUCCCACAGAUCUAUAAUUUCCCACCUUUUUUCACAAAACAACCAAAUGAACAAACAUGGCAAGCACAAUUGAACAAUUGGAUUCAAUUGAUCUUAUCCUAUUGCAAGGCUAAUAAAGUAUGGAUUUUGAAUAACAAGGGUGAAGCAUUAUCCCAAGGAAAUAUCGAGGAUUUAGAAGAAUCAAUCACCUCUUUAUCAAUCAAUCAAGAUGAUGGGAUUUCCAAAGAUGGGAUAUUUGUAAAUAAUAAAAUUCAAAGAAGAUUAGAACCUCAAGUUAUUAAUGAAAUUUUUCAACAAAUGGUUAAAAAUAAUGAUGCUUUUUAUAUAACUAAGAAAGAUCAAUCAAGUGUUUUCAUUAAUUUCUAUAGACCUGAAGAUUGGGCUUCUAUGAUUCUUGAAUGGAUUGAAUCAACUGGACAAAAUGGAACAGUGUUAACAAUGUAUGAAAUUAGUCAAGGUGAUUUGAGUCUAAACAAAGAGUUCCAUGGUAUACAUCCAGUCAUAUUAGAAACUGCUUUAAAUGUAUUGGUUAAAAGAUCAAGAGCUCAAUUAUUAAAAGAUGAAGAUGGGAAAAUUGCAGGUGUUAAAAUUGUAUGA